AUGUUACUAGACACUGGUGCUCAAAUCAGUUUAAUACGGACAUCAGUCGCUGAGGAGCUGGGUCUCAAAGGCAAGAGUGUCACAGUAACAAUGGCGAAAGUUGGAGGAGAAGAAAAUGAGAUGUCAACAAAGAUGUAUCGAUUCCAAAUUCGAUCCCUCGAGAACCAGUCCAUCCACACAAUUGCAGCUGUGGGAAUCCCAAGUAUCAGUGGUGAUAUUUCCGGAAUGAAACUUGAUGGCAUAGCUGAAGCUUUCAACCUUGAAAGAGAGAAAUUACGAAGAGAGAAUGGUCCAAUAGAUGUCCUGUUGGGAAUUGAUCAACCGAAGUUGCACACUGGUGAGACAAAAGAAGCUGGUAAUCUUGUUGCAAGAUAUUCGCCAUUGGGAUGGGUUGUCUUUGGAGCCACGUCUGAAAAGUGUGACGUCAGUCAAGUCUACCAUGUCAAGUGUUCAAAUCCCAUCGAUAUGACCGACUUUUGGACCACCGAAUCAAUGGGCGUGGAAGGGAAUAUGUGUUCUUGUGAAAGCAAGAAGUUAAGUCCAGUUGAAGCCUACGAAGCCAAGAUUAUAGAACAAUCCUGCAAAAAGAUUGGUAAUAAAUGGUUAGUUUCAUACCCCUGGGUCAAAGAUGCAUCUGAAUUACCGGAUAACAGAAGCCAAGCGGAGAAGAAAUUGGAAACAACCGAGCGUCGAUUAGCCAAGAACCCAGAUCAUGCAGAAGCGUAUGACAAGCAGAUGAGGGAAAUGAGUGAAAUGAACUUCUCUCGAAAAUUAUCAAGUGAAGAAUUAAAGUCAUACAAGGGACCAACCCACUACAUAUCCCACCAUGAGGUAGUCAGACCCGAGAAGAAGAGCACCCCCAUCCGAAUUGUUUUCAAUUCCUCAGCAUCGUAUAAAGGGCACCGCUUAAAUGAUUACUGGAUGAAAGGACCCGAUUUACUAAAUAAUCUGUUUGGAGUUCUCCUACGAUUUCGAGAAAAUGAAGUGGCUAUCAACGCGGAUAUAUCCAAGAUGUAUCACAGAAUCCUAAUCCCGGAAAGAGAUCAACAUGUUCACCGAUACCUGUGGAGAAACAUGGAUACGGAUCGAGAACCUGAUGUUUAUGUCAAAACAGUCUUGACAUUUGGUGACAAACCAGCCCCAGCCAUGGCACAGACCGCGCUGCAAAAGACUGCUGAAGAAGGAGAAAAACGCUACCCUGCAGCUGCUGAAGUCUUAAAGAAGAAUACUUACAUGGACGACAUAUGCGAUUCGGUCCAUUCUGAAAAUCAAGCAAGAAAAAUAACAGCAGAGAUUGACGAAAUCCUUCGCAACGGUGGUUUUAACGUGAAGUGUUGGCUCUCAAACCGGUCAUUAAAGAAGAAUGAUGAAAGCGUUAUUGAAAAAAGUGAAUUGGAAUUAAAGCUCCUACAAGGCCCAGUUGAAGAGAAAGUUUUGGGAACUGUCUGGAACCACCACGACGACGUUUUUGGGUUCAAAGUGAUUCCUCCUGAACUAGUUAAACUUACGAAGAGAGCAAUACUAAGCAAGUAG